UUCAUGGGGGCAGCCGAUAAGGGGGGAACUGUGAAAAGACAUUCCGGAAAGUCUAUUAUGAAAUAUCCAGCGGUCAUUUGUCUGCAGUGAAGACGAGUCCAGGUGUUUCCUGUUGAUGAACCUCACAGCUCUGACGGGAAUCGACCGCGGUUCUACAGCUCAGCCGGCUUAGAGGACCCUACAGGAGUUUUUAGGGAACCUGGAUCAGCUCUCGUGCAGAUUUUACACAAGAUUUUUAUAAAGAUCACAGUUAGCGGUUUACAUUGCGAAUCAGCAGGACAGUCAUCAGUGGUGACACUUCUGACCCAACCCUGGUGCUAGGAAGCCUCUCAACACCUUUACACCAGUGAACAGAGGAUGGCGCUGUUCGGUCAGAUCCUCACUGCUCUGCUGCUGCUGCUGCAGUUGGAGCUGCAUCUGGUUGGUGGAUCUGAGGCUGGAGCUCCUCAAACUCUCAGCUGUCCUGCCUCUGCUGGGGUUCCAGGAACUCCUGGACACAACGGCCUUCCUGGCCGAGACGGGAGAGACGGAGCCCCCGGACCCAAAGGAGAGAAGGGAGAGCCGGGGCAGGAAAGUGACCACUGUGCUCUGAUUUCAGGACUGAGUGUGCAGGGACCUCCAGGAAAAGCAGGACCAGCAGGUCCAGCAGGUCUAGUAGGUCCACGGGGAAACCAAGGGCCAAAGGGAGAUCCAGGGUCGCCAGGCUCUUCAAAUAAUGACUUGGUCAAAUCUCUUCAGUCAGAACUCCAGUCUCUCAAAGUCAGGCUCUCUACAGUGGAGAAAGCCACAAGCUUCCCCAUCUUCAAAAGAGUUGGGCAGAAAUACUAUGCAUCAAACGGGAUGAAGGGAAAAUUUUCUGAAGGUCUGAAGUUCUGCACUGAUGCUGGUGGCACGCUGGUUUUACCAAGAAGUGAAGUUGAGAACAAAGCAUUAUCUGCAAUGCAUGCAACUUUGGGUUCAACCUACAUACUGCUUGGUACAACAGACAGAGAGACAGAGGGUCACUUUGUAGAUGUGAACAAAAAACCUCUGACCUUCACCAACUGGAGGCAAAACGAGCCCAACAAUUAUGAAGGGAAAGAGGACUGUGCUGGUAUUUACACUAAUGCAGAGUGGAACGACCUACCCUGUGAAUCAACUUACACCAUUAUGUGCCAGACUGGGAUUGAUGAAGUCCUCCAUGAAGUUUCAGUGGGAUUCAUUCAGGAGAUCAGAUUGAAUCCAAACUCAGGAUUUCAGAAACAAAAAGAUGCGGAGAGCAAGAAAGCAGUAAACGGGCAAACAACGUCUGACCGUUUCUGUAAGAAAGCAGGAACUCCCGGACACAACGGCCUUCCUGGCAGAGACGGGAGAGACGGGAGAGACGGAGCCGCCGGACCCAAAGGAGAGAAGGGAGAGCCGGGACUGAGUGUGCAGGGACCUCCAGGCAAGGCAGGACCAGCAGGUCCAUUAGGUCCACCUGGACCCCAAGGACCAAAGGGAGAUGCAGGUCCACCAGUCCUUGGCCCAGCUCCUGCCUCAGUCCCUGACCUAGCUCCUGCCUCAGUCCUUGACCUAGCUACUACCUCAGUCCCUGACCUAGCUCCCGUCUCAGUCCCUGACCUAACUCCCAUCUCAGUCCCUGAACUAGUUCCUGCCUUAGUCAUUGACCCAUCUCCUGCCUCAGUCCUCACCCAGCUCCUGUCUCAGUCCCUGAUCCAGUUCCUGCCGUGUUUUCCCAUCUUCAAGAAAGUAGGGCAGAAAUACUACGUGUCAAACGGGAUGAAGGCAAAAUUCGACCGCGGUCUGAAGUUCUGCACUGACGCUGGUGGCACCAUGGAACUCCCGGAAACAACGGCCUUCCUGGCCGAGACGGGAGAGACGGAGCCCCCGGACCCAAAGGAGAGAAGGGAGAGCCGGGAAAGGCAGGACCAGUCGGUCCAGCAGGUCCCCCUGGACCCCAAGGACCAAAGGGAGUUCCAGGUUCACCAGGUUCGAAACACAGUCGCCUGUGAACAGAGGAUGGCGCUGUUCAGUCAGAUCCUCACUGCUCUGCUGCUGCUGCUGCAGUUGGAGCUGCAUCUGGUUGGUGGAUCUGAGGCUGGAGCUCCUCAAACUCUCAGCUGUCCUGCCUCUGCUGGGGUUCCAGGAACUCCCGGACACAACGGCCUUCCUGGCAGAGACGGGAGAGACGGGAGAGACGGAGCCGCCGGACCCAAAGGAGAGAAGGGAGAGCCGGGACUGAGUGUGCAGGGACCUCCAGGAAAAGCAGGACCAGCAGGUCCACCUGGACCCCAAGGAGCAAAAGGAGAUGCAGGUCCACCAGGCAUUCAGGACAGUGCGAUUAAAUCUCUUCAGUCAGAAAUCAAGAGCCUCACAGCCAAGAUCUCCGUUCUGGAUAAAGCUGUGAGCUUCCCCACGUUCAGAAAAGUGGGACAGAAGUACUACGUGACGGACGGCACGACGGGAAACUUUGACCAAGCGCUGAAAUUCUGCAGCGACGCUGGAGGAGCGAUCGUCCUACCAAGAAACGAGGAGCAGAACCAGGUGUUAGCUAAGCUAAUCGCUCCUUUUGAUUCAAUGUACGCUUACAUUGGAACCACAGACCGACAGGUAGAGGGUCAGUUUGUAGACACGGAAGGAAAGGCUUUAACGUUCACGAAAUGGGGGGGCGGUCAGCCUGAUAAUUAUAAGGGGGUGCAGGACUGCGCCAUUAUACUCAAAUCCGCAAUUUGGGAUGACUGCGGCUGCGAGGUGGCUAGUCUUAUUGUGUGUGAAAUAUGAAACAAAUGAAACCUUUUAAUCUGGCCACAGACUGACCAAGUGCUUAAAUCAAUCAAUCAUGCUAGGUUUGCUGAUUGAAGAGCUUGAAAGCCUCUGGGCACCAAGGCUUUAGAAGGAAAUUUGGUUUUUAUUUUUCACAUAUUUUCAACAUUUCAUCAUAACUAAAUGGUUAGGAUGCAGUGGUGAGCCAUGACUGGGCUUCGAUUCGAGCCAUAAAUAUCAAAACCUGGUCAGAACAUGAGGAAAAAACGCCUCAAUGGUAGUUCUAACUACUGCUAGCAUCUCUUUGGGAUUCUAGUAGUUUGUUAGCACUAAGCUAACACAGUCCUCAUGCAUGUGCUUUAAACACAGCCAUCUGAAGCCUCUAAAGGACAUUUCAUGUUUUCCUUGAUGAUUGUGACAUAUUAGCGUUUACCUUGUAUCAGUUUCUCAGUGACUCUUUCCGUAGUGAGCUCUGGUGUAGAGCUGCUGCCACUGUUUUCCAUUUCUAACAACCUGCUGAUUAGGCUGCUGUUCAUAUUCACAGUCAGUGAUGUA